AUGCCGUCCCGUAAGGGAAAGAAGAGCCAGAGAACGGGUGAACGUAUCGAUGUGAAGAAAAGCGGACCCGAGCAAUGGGACUCUAUAAAGUACGUGCACCCUGAGAAGCUCAAGGAGCCCUGUGCACGUAUUGAAAGCGAUGGUGAAUGGUUCCCGAUUGAUCGAGUACUGGAUUCGAUUUAUAUCGUGGGAACGGACAAAAUGUGGCAGCAUUUGGUCCAGUGGAAGCCUUAUUGGUCGAAACAAGUGACUCCAUCUGCACUGAGAGAUUUCCAUUGUCGUGCUACAGUUCUAGGAUGUGUAGUUAAGGAGGAUGUGCUGAGGUCAAGGGUUCGUCAGCGAGUUGAGUGGACUCGAAGGGAGUUUAUGUGCUCCAACUUCAUGCUGCGAAUAACUGAUCCUGACGGUACAAGCACUGUCGAAGUGAUGCCGUACCCUGAUGUGAAGCGACGGUUUCCUGAUGCUCUCUUUGAGUUCCUAGAAAAGAAGAUGACAAACCCUCGUGUACGGGAUGAAGACAGACCUCGCAGUGAUGGGUUACUUUCUAUAUAUGAUGAUAUUAAUAUUCCUGCAUGCGUCAAUAGAGAUCCGGAAGCUUCCAGAAGAGUUGAGGUACAACCAGAGCAGGAACCCAAAAAGGGUGACAGUGAUAGUUCUACUGACAUUUCUUCACUGUGCAAAUCUGAAUUAGAAAUGAAAAAGAAGAAGAGGAAGUAUUACACAGGCCAUAGAAAUAUCAGGAAAAAGAGCAGAGUUCUGCGAGAAAUCGAACCUCCCGAAGCGGUACCAUCACUCGAUCUUCCAGCAGCAAAUCUUUCAUACGAAGAUAAUCGUACUUCUCGAAAUGUGUGCACCGUCGCAUCUAAGAAGUUCGAGAUGAAUGGAAUCAAAGAGCAGUACGAAAUGCAUAAGAAGAAAUCUCCAUCGAAGGCUGGAAAGUCCCCUGACGCCCCCAUUCCAAGUGCACGACCUCAUACUCCAUCGAAUCGGCAGAGGAAGUCUGGAAAAUCAAUUUCACAGCAUUCUGGCAGGAGAAGUCUAUCAGCUGAGAUUGACAACAAUGUGACUAUAAUCACACUUGAAGAUGAUGCUGAAAGUCGGUCUGCUAAGAAUUCACCAACGGCGAAUGCCUGCGGGAAAAGUCCACUGGAAUUCUACUCGAGCAGUAGGCGAAAUGUGAAGGGACCCGAAACAACCCCAACAGGUGAAACCCUUAGAACUCCAACUGUUUCAACACGUAGAACAUCCCCACGUCUAUCAGUGAAUGUUAAUUCUACGAAAACUAUUCCGGAUUUAAAGCAGCGUGGAUGCAAAAGAAGUGCACCGUUGCGGUCGCGCAAUUCACUGGACAAUUAUUUUUGCCUAGGACUUGGAUUUAAUUCGUCAUUUCCAUCCUCACAUCUUUUGUUAUUAUUACAAAGUUCGAUAACUUUUGAAACGAUUCAAAGAAUUCUCUUGAAAUAUUUGUCUUAUUGUGCCAUCAGCUUUAUAUUCCUCAAAUGGUUGACUAUGAUUGAUCGGUUCGUCGAAAAACAUAUCGUUGUCCCUACCUUUUGCCUUUCAGUUCUAUUUCGUAAUUCUUCUUUGCUACCUGGUAAGUAG